AUGCUCUUCUCGUCUUUGAAUAACAUGCUCCCAGAGGCUCAGACGUAUUUGGAGAAAGGACUGAGCUCGAAAGCUACCGCUCCGUGGAUAUUGAUCGUGUGCUUUUUGGGAGGCGUCGUGGGCAUACAAUUCUUCUCUCAUGUCCUUCAUCAGUACAUUCCCUCCCAUGUUGUAGACUGCGAUCAUACGCAUGGAGACGAUGAAAUGGAAGAACAUGACCACGACAAACACGCAAUGCUCAACGGACACUCAUAUCAAGGCAAUGGACACGCUGACGAAAGAACGCCUCUUAUGUCUCAUACAGAGCAUGAUCUGGAACAGAAUAUGGCUUGCACCUCAAAGACGAAUGAUCAUGAUCCUCCCGCAUCUCGAAGACCAAGUCUACAGCCUACACUUUCGACCCGCGUGAAAUCACUUAUUGGUGGGGGCAAGGCAUCAUGUAUCGAAGAUGAUCCUUGCUACGGCUAUAGUGAUCCAUGUGGAGAUGAGUGUGUUAAGGUAGCAAGCAGGAGUCCUACACGAGGAUUUGGACGGUCCAUGAAUCCAGGCUUUUGGCGUCAGCCAACCCUUCUGCGCACAGCUACAGCUGGUCGAGUACGACCCACGCCAACGCAUACUCAGACAUCUGGCGGGGAGACUCGGUUUCUGGAUCCUCGAGCGCCAGUUGCGGUCAGGUCGUCGAUUUGUGAGUCUAAGUCGUCUACGAUGGCUGAAUCUCGCGGUCGAGAAAGGAUCCGUGGGACCUCUGCUUCACACCUGGAUCUUGAGCGAGCGGCUAGUGACGUAGCGAGUGAUAGUGGAGAAGAGGAGUCAACAGCGUCAACCGAUUCGUCAACAGCUCACGAUGCUUCCCACCACCAUCAUGUUCCGAGUAAUGCCUUUUUAGCGAUCGGCCUCCAGACUUCAAUCGCAAUCGCUCUGCACAAACUACCAGAGGGGUUCAUCACCUACGCAACGAACCACGCGAACCCUCAACUAGGGUUCAGCGUCUUCAUGGCUUUAUUCAUUCAUAACAUCACCGAAGGCUUCGCAAUGGCACUCCCGCUAUAUCUUGCAAUCAACAAUCGAUUUCAAGCUAUGCUCUGGAGCUCGCUGCUCGGCGGUGUUAGCCAGCCUUUCGGCGCCGGUGUUGCUGCGCUAUGGUUCAAACUGGCAGGAACGGGGGGAAUGAAGCCGGGUGAUACUGUCUAUGGAUGUAUGUUCGCUAUUACAGCAGGAAUCAUGGCCAGCGUCGCUCUGCAGCUGUUCCAAGAGAGUUUGACUUUGACCCACAAUCGACAUAUCUGUACGGCCUUCGCGUUUAUUGGGAUGGGAAUUUUGGGAGUCAGUCACGCUUUGACGGCUUGA